AUUCUCUUAAAAAUGGUACAGGUUCAUCAUUUCUAGCAGCGUUGUCUGACGUGCCUGAAACUAGUCGUUCAAAAACAGAAACAAUUAUAGGGCAAAUAAGUAGUACACAGGAAGUUCUACGUUCGACACUUGUAGAUAUUGCGAAUAGAGAUGAAAAAUUAGAUACUUUAAAGCAAAAGUCUGACAGCUUAAAAGAUGCUGGUCUUAAAUUUUCGGAAAUUGCUACUAAAACUAGUAAAAAAUUGGCAAAGAAAAAUACGAAAAUGACAAUUAUCCUAACAGUUGUAGCGAUUCUCAUAGUAGCUGCUAUUGUUGAUAGUGUUACAAUUGAUAACGGCUCACAG